AGUCUGUGUUUUGACGCUGAGCGCAGCAGCAGAGAGGAGGAGUCGCUCCGUCAACUGUUGGCCUCUCGAGUCUAAUCUGGAUUAGAGUUUCGUCCGGUCUGCAGCCAGGACUCCCAAUAAUCACAUUAUUCUGCAUUGGGCUGACGCCUCCUGAAGCGGUGAGGAAGAAGCGCUGUCAAACGGUGGCGACGACGCGGACGCGUUUAUCUCAAAGCCGAGCUGUUUUGUUUUUGAUGAGAUCUUUUUUUGUUAAGGAGUUUGGAGGAUUUUGCAGCGAACAUCUGAGGAAAGUUGAGUGAAUAUUGGUCGCCUGCGGACGGUGCACGGUGCGCAACCUCGUGUGCAGCGCAGCGCUCUGCAGCAUCCACACUGAUCACUGCAGCCUGCACAUUUCUGCUCAAACCCCUGCCACUGAUAACACCGGAGCGGCUGGUCAAACAUGCCACAUUCAGAUGCUGGCACAGAUGAAGUUGUCUUCCCGUGUGUUUCACUUAAAUCAAACCUGAGGCAGCCGUGAGAUCAGAGACGUGAGCUUGUGAUUGAAGAGUUGCUGUUUUGAAUCCCUGAACCAUCUGGAACAAUCUUGUCUGAGGAUCACCCAUCAUGAUGGAUUAUAAGAUACCCGAGGAGGAUGUUACAAGUCUACAUGCAAGUAGCACCAUGCUUCAUGUCCUCGGGGACUUAAUUUGAUCAACCACGUUCUCACAGUAGCUCCAGCAUGGAAGAGAGCAAGCUCAUCUUCAGCCUGGACGGCCACGAUGAAGGUCCCACUGUGGUGUUUUCCAAAGACAAAACACAAGACAGGAUGAGCCAGCCUGUUCUCAGCCUGGGGAUGGAUUUGGACCUGAGCCUAGGCCACGGCUCCCAGCCCUCCUUGCUGCCUCACUCCCCCUCAUCCCCGGGCUCUUUAGCUGAUCUAUCAGCAUCAUCAGCAGAUCUGCUCAUCACCACCAACCUGGUCAAAUCUUCCUCCACGGAUCUGGAGCCGAGGGAGAGCAGCUCCCUGCGAGGCAAACCUCUCCUCAGCUUGGUCAAGUCUCUGAGCACCGAGAUUUCCCGCCGGGUCGAGCCAGAGGUCAACCUCUCCAAGUCAGACUCCAAGCUGCAUUUGCAUCCUUGGAAGCAGCUUACCCAUCCAAAAAUCCCAGAGGCUAGGCCUGAAGCAGGAGGGCUGAUUGAAGAUGAUGACUGGGAAUCAUCUCUUUCAUGUGUGCCUGCCGCUGAGCCCCGGGGCAGCUCACUGAUGGCUGAGCUGGAGGAUACACGGAGGAAAUUCUCCGAAGCCAUGCAGGAUCCUUUGAGCAUGCUGAGUAAAAUCAUGGGGGACGAAAGCUCCGGCAGCCCAAAGCAGGGUAGGGCUUCUGGUGCCGGAGACUCACCGUCCUCUCAAGGCAGCUGUGGAAGAGAUGGUGCUAGUGACGAUGCGGACCUUAAGUGCCGGAGGAGAGCUGACGUUGAGCACAGAGGUGUUUGUGACACAACGCUGAGAAGACUCCAAAGAGGCUCCUUAACAAAACCCUCUGCCUCCCCAGAGCGCAGUGACAGUCAUUUAGAAAUCCGCACUUACGGAGAUAUGAUCCAGGUGGUGGAGCUCCAGAAUGGAUCCAAAAGGACACAUCACAGAACUUACACCCAGUCUCGAGUCACAGUGCCGGGCUCAUCGCUGCCUCUUCACUGGCUCUUCCCUGUGGGUCUUCUAGCUUAUGGUUUCUUUGUGUUGCCCCUGCCCUCCUAUGUGACAGGUCUGUCCGUGGGGGUUGCAUGUGGCUUUAUUUUGGGCCUGGUGGUAGUGUUCAUGUUUGCCCCACGACGCUCAUCAGCCAGAGGCAACAAGGGAUCUCGGAAAUCCAGACCCCUGAGUAUGGAUCUACUGGAUGGAGGGCUCGCAGAUCAAGAAAUCCUCGAGGGCUGGAUGAAUGAGACACACAGCUACGACCCAGAGACUUUCCACCCCUCUGUCACACACUCUGUCUAUGCCACCCUGGAGGGAAGCUGGCUGCGCCUGGCAUACCCACGUGCCAACAUCCCCCGAUGGGCGGCAUUCGAUGAGGCGCGCCACGAGGCCGUGUUCUUGCGUUCACGCAUGUACCAGCUGGCAAACUGUAAGGUGUCUCUGUUGCCGCCUGGUUUGGCUCGCAAGAGGAUCUGGAACAAGAAGUACCCCAUCUGCAUCACUCUAGCUGAGGGGGAGGUAGGGGAGGAGAGUCUGGUUGAAGAGCAGGAGGAGGAAGAAAGGGCAGAGAGACACAUUGUCACGAACCAUCAGCUUCCUGUCACCCUGUACCUGUUUGGUCGCACAGGCAGAGAGAAGGAGGAGUGGUUCCAGCAUUUCCUUUCUGUCUCCCGGGCUGCAGUCAAGAGCAGUGUGAGCGGGGAGGAGAAUGCAGAACCACCAUGUGGUGCAGACGCUGCUAAAGAAAGCACAGAGGAGCUGCACGACUUGCCGGGAGCUACAAAAACAAGAUCGCUGCUGGAGUACAGCACCUACAUGACUCAACUGAUCGGCUCGCAGAGCUGCAAUCCCACUCCCAGCCCCUGCCACAGUGACAAGGGCAGCCCCACAACCCACAAGAAGAUUCACACUGAAGAGCACAGAUCUGGAGGUCAAGCUGCAGCUGAGUCCAGUGCUGGUUCAGGGGCAGAGGGAUGCUCUGCAGAGAGCCAGCCCACCUGGGUGAACUCCCUGGUGGGACGGAUCUUCUGGGACUUUCUGCGGGAGAAGUACUGGACCGAUCAGGUGGCGCACAAGAUCCAGAAGAAACUAAGCAAGAUCAAGUUGCCGUACUUCAUGAAUGAGCUGACUCUGGCAGAUCUCGACAUGGGCACUUGUCUACCUCAAGUUCUCAGCACAUCCAAACCUACGCUGGACCGCAGAGGCCUGUGGCUGGAGCUGGAGGUGGUGUACACAGGCUGUCUUCAGAUGACCCUGGAGACGAAGAUGAACCUGUGUAAACUAGGUAAAGAAGGAGAGGACGAGGCUCACAGCAUACUAGAGACCCAGCAAGUAGGCUCUAAGCCCAGGCUGUGCAUACUGGCAGAUAGUGACGAGGAGUCAUCCAGCGCAGGCUCGUCUGAUGAAGAGGAAGUCCCCAUCUCUGAGCAGCAGGGGUCUCUGGGAGAUAAGAGCACAGCUGUAGCAGCAGAAGGGCACACUGGUGGCAGCACAAGCAGGAAGAUCUUGAGAUUUGUGGACAAAAUAGCAAAGUCCAAGUACUUCCAGAAAGCCACUGAGAACGAGUACAUCAAGAAGAAGAUAGCCGAGGUGUCCAACAUGCCUCUGAUGCUCAGCGUGGAGGUGCUGGAGCUCUCUGGCACUCUGGCCAUCAACAUCCCACCUCCCCCUACUGACAGAAUAUGGUACAGUUUCCAGGUGCCUCCCAGGUUAGACCUUCAUGUGCGACCCACGCUCGGGGAGAGGGAGGUCACCUUCACUCACGUCACUGAGUGGAUUGAGAAAAAACUGCAGUGCGAGUUCCAGAAAGUGCUUGUGAUGCCCAAUAUGGACGAUCUAUAUCUGCCCCUGAUGUCGUCCGGCCUGGAUAACCCACCUACAUCCCACCAAUCCUCAAUCCAUUCCUCGUCCCACCAAUCCUCCAUGGAGUCCCAGGACUACCUGUCAGAGUAG